ACUUGCGCGGCAGGUUUAUUAAUAAACACAUUCGAUAACUCAUAGGGUGUAUAUUCAAUUGCUGUAUGCUAUGAAAGUGCAACGAUAACAAUUAUUAUAUUGUGACAGUCACAGAAAAGGGACAUUAUGGACAAGAUGGGAAAUAAUUCCUCAUCGCUGCCAACUGAAAGAAAAUCUGGUGAAGAUGAACACGAAUCUGGCGCAGUUGCUGUGCAGAGCUGCGAGUUUGAAGUUUUUGGCAUUGUGCAAGGCGUCUCAUUUCGCAUGUAUACGCAGCGCAAGGCACAGUCUCUAGGCAUUCGGGGCUGGUGUAUGAAUACAUCUGAUGGAACUGUAAAGGGCGAAAUUCAAGGCAACUCAAAUGCUAUGCAUGAAAUGAAAUUGUGGCUCGAACGUACCGGCAGCCCCACAAGCCGUAUAGACAAGUGCGUUUUUGGAGAAACCGCAGAAUUACCUCAAUAUACACAUGAAGAAUUUACUAUAAAGGUAUAAAUAUGUUAAUAAAUGUUAACCGUUAUUAAGUAAA